AUGAGCGGAAGUGGAAGAACAACAGCUCGGAGCAGAGUCAGAUCCUCUUCCGAACCCGACGUCAAUUCUCUCCGUGAAGGAAGGCCAAAGUUCAGCCGCCACAGAGGCAGAAGCAAAUACGGUAGCUCCAUUCCGUUAUUCAACAAUGUCAGCAUCAAAUUGGUUCUCGCAAUUAGCUUCUUCGCAUUCUUCAUCAUCUUGUUUUUCAUCCGGCAUCUCGUAAAUUACGUUGCUGAACCUCGUUUGCCUCGCGCGAUUACGCCAUUUCCCGCGCCAAAGAUCAUGGACCUUCCUCAGUUUCAAGGGGAGCACAAGGAGAGCUUGUAUUGGGGGACUUAUCGUCCCCAUCUCUAUCUUGGAAUUCGUGCCAGGACUCCGCAAUCUUUGAUGGCUGGAUUAAUGUGGAUUGGUGUGAAAGAUGGCAGAUAUCAUUUGAGGCAUGUUUGCAGACAUGAGGAUGACUUAAGUACUUAUGGUUGGAAAAGACAUAAUGGGCGUGAUUAUGGGCAUCAAGUACUGGUUGACCAUGGUAUGAUAUUGACUACUGAGUUUUUAAAAUCAAAGGGCGAUGACAGUGGUUAUGGAGGGGACUGGGCAGUUCGAAUUGAUGUGCAAGUUGAUAAGUCUAAAUGGAAUGAGGAAUUUGGGAAAGGCAGCCAGCUCUUUUUCUAUUUGGCUGAUGAAGGUGGUAAUGUUCUAGAUGUAAGUCAAGAAAAUUUGAACAUUCACGAGAAUUCUUUACUUGCGUCGGGAUCUCAAACAGACAUUGGAGAUUGGCAGCUACAUUUGAAGUCAACGGAUGAUCUGAAACUUCAUUACUCUGGAUUUCGCACACCUCACUAUCACAAUUUGUCUGAUCUUGUUGAGGAAAAUCUUGCAUCACAAAUAAGAAAGCAUUCUCAACUGCAGCUAUCUGACUCAUCAGAUGAUUCUUCUAAUGUGUUAGUUUUUCAGAUUAUUGGUGGCUUUCCUUUCACUACAGAUAUUGUACUUAUCUCUGGAACUGAUUCUGAAAGUUCAAGAGUAGAAGAGCGCGUCAAUAGUCUUACAGGAACCUCACUGUCUAAUGAGCUGAAAUAUAAAGAACAAGCAUUUGAUGAAAAGAUUGAGAAAAUUUUCAAUUUGGCUGAGAAGGUAGACUCAGAAUCCAUUUCUGUUGGUAAGGCUGCCGUUGGAAGCUUAUUAGGUGGCAUCGGUUACUUCUAUGGCCAGUCAAAAAUCGCUCUGUCAAGAACCCUUAAUUUUAAGAAACAUGUUGAUUAUGUAUCAUAUUGGCCUGCUGAGCUUUACACAGCGGUACCAAGUCGGUCUUUCUUUCCAAGAGGAUUUUUAUGGGAUGAAGGUUUUCAUCAACUUCUAAUCUGGCGAUGGGAUAUUCAUAUUUCAUUGGAUAUCAUUGGACACUGGUUAGAUUUGAUGAACAUUGAUGGAUGGAUACCACGCGAACAAAUUCUGGGGAAUGAAGCAUUAAGUAGGGUCCCAGAGGAAUUUGUUCCUCAGCAUCCAACAAAUGGAAAUCCUCCAACUAUGUUUUUAGCAUUAAAUGACAUAAUUACUAGCUUGAAGAAUAACGAGUUCACUGGGAAGGAUAGAGGUGAGAUCUCUAUGUUCCUAGAGCGCGCCUAUGUUCGAUUGGAAGCAUGGUUCCAAUGGUUCAACACGACUCAAUCAGGCAAGCAAACGAGCAGCUACUAUUGGCAUGGACGAGACAACAUAACAAUGCGUGAAUUAAAUCCCAAGUCGCUGUCCUCUGGAUUGGAUGAUUAUCCACGUGCUUCACACCCAAGUACGGAUGAACGCCACUUGGACCUUAGAUGUUGGAUGUUACUUGCAGCAGAUUGUAUGCAUUCCAUUGAGAAGUUGUUGGAUAAAGAAGCUAUGCCUGGCAAGAAUUAUGGCUCUACUGCUAACUUGCUAUCAGAUCAUGAUUUACUGAACCAGCAAAGGAGCAAGAGAAAACGAGUGGAGAUAAAUAGGAGAGCAAAAAAGAUAAAAGAAAACUUAUCACAUAGUUACAGAAUGCAUUUUGAUAAUGCAUAUGGUGCUUACUUUGAUUUUGGAAAUCAUACAGAAAAGGUUCAACUUAAAUGGAUAGAAAUGGAGACAGGACAGAAUUAUGCUCCUCGGCAACUUGUCCGGGAUGUUUUGGAGACACCUGUUUUAAGAUUUGUUCCUCACAUUGGUUAUGUCAGUCUGUUCCCAUUCAUGGGGAGAAUCAUUCCAUCCGGAUCAUGGAUUUUGGAAAAGCAGCUUGAACUCAUUUCAAACAACAGCCUCUUAUGGACUAAUUAUGGACUACGCUCUCUUGCCAAAACAAGUUCCAUGUACAUGAAGCGCAACACAGAGCACGAUCUUCCAUAUUGGAGAGGUCCCAUUUGGAUAAAUAUGAAUUACAGAAUUCUUUCAGCGCUCCACCAUUAUUCCAAAGAGAAUGGACCAUAUCAGGACAAAGCCAAAGCUAUCUACACAGAAUUGAGAAGCAAUUUAAUCAGAAAUAUAGUACGCAAUUAUCAACAGACUGGAUUCUUUUGGGAGCAAUACGAUCAGAUUAAAGGCAAGGGAAAAGGAGCACAUCCAUUCACAGGUUGGACUUCUCUAGUAGUAUUAAUUAUGGCAGAAUCAUAUGGCACAAUUUAG